GGCAGCUGGCAGGGCGACGCGCGUCCGUGUGAUCGAUGACCGAUGUGGCGCCGCGCCCGACACGCGGCGGGCUCGUGACGCGAGUGGCCGAGCAGUGCGCUGGGCCAUGUAACCUAUUGACCUACUCUGCUCGGGUGAACUAACCUUUAUUGGAUCCUCUCCGAGAGUAUGGGAGAGUGACCAUCCACGCACUGGGUUUGGAUGUCAGAAGGAAAAGAUAUCGAAAGUGGAAAAUUGAGGUCGAAUGUCGGCGAACAGCGGUGAAGAGCGUCGAGCACGUCGCGGCCCCGCCCCCAUCGCGUCCUUCGAUCAUGACGCUUCGGAUGAAUCAAGUCCAGAAACAAAACAAACUUUUCGAUUGCCUGAAAUUCGCGAGGAUCCGGCUGGAGCAGUCGCAGCGGACGGAGCGGACUCGCUGGCGCCGCCCGCGGCCCGCCCGCGCUCGCUGUCCUCGCCAGCCGUGCACGACGCUCCCGUGGCUCCCGCUGCCACCGCCACCACUGCCGGCCCCGGGCCCGCGCUCGUCGCUCCGACCGCACCCCGCAUCGACAUCUCCCGCGCCUCCAGCUCGAGCCACCACGACUCGCGCGAUAGCUCUCCCGAGCUGGCUCUAUUCACAGGAAACGGGGGUGGGGAUGAGAAACAAGCCCGUCUGGAACUUGGGUUCCGCGAAGAUGGUGCACUCGAUCUGCGCUCGUCGACGGAAGAGCUCGCUUUUAUGGAAGGUGCCCCGGGAAACGAGGAGACCCGACCUCCUCCAACCGCUCCGCCGUCUAGGAGACAUUCUCGUAAGGACAGCCAAUGUUCCGAAACUGCCUUAUUAGCUGUGUCUGGACGGACGAGUCGACUGUCCAGUGUGGGUUCUCAGUGUUCGGCGCAUUCGGUUUUGUCUGGCUUCAGUCACACGAGUAGGGUUUCACGUCUGUCGGUUGUCUCCGGCGCUUCCAGAUCACCUUCACCCCAUAAAAUGCUGCUGGAAACAUCGUUCUGUGGGCCAAAGCCCAUAGAAACAGACCCCGAGAUAUGUGCAGCUGCGGUCGAGGAACGGUUGCUUGAGUUUGCCAAGCUGUCCACUGACACGGCAGUCGCCGCUUUGCCUCCGACGGAUUCCCGUGAUCACCGCGAGGUGCGCACAGAAGCGACAGUAGAAAGUUCCACUUCUAGAUCAUCAAUUGCAUCUCGAGUUGCUGCUCCCGUUUGUCCCACCAGCAUUUCCGAGCGGAUACCAUCCGCAGCGCUGACAUCAAAACCAAAUACUCUAUUAAAUCCAAUAGAUUUAACUGCUGAUGAAGAAAAAAGGCAAAAAGAAACGAAAAAUCGAGCUCGCGUUGAAGAACGGAAAUCGAAAUCACGAACUAAUACGCGACAAGUAGAUACGCAUAAAGAUGCUAAUCAUUCCAAAAAUAUUAUUCGCAUAAAACUUAAACCUGAUGAAGAUUAUAACGAUGAUGAGGACGACGAAAGUGACAGGACUCUCAUAAGCGCAGAACCAGCUCGCAAGCCUGUUUCACUUGAGUUAAAUGAUACUUCUAUACAAUCGUUUCAAACGAAGGGAGCAAGUAUUUCGUUAAGUCCUCAGAUGCCACAGAGACACUUACGAGAUAGUCGAACACCUUCACCCAGCGGUGUAACCGUGUCACGUAAAUCUUCUUUUUGUUCACUGUUUAAAUCUAGAGAAACAAUAGCGUCACCAGACUCACCCUUAGAUGCAUUGAAACGAAAAAAGAGCCUUAACGAAGGAAGGUCCCGUAGUAAAAGCCGCGAUAGAUCAGUGACUCCCACUUCUUCUGGAAAAAUAAAAGGUUCAGUGCUAUCUUUGUUCAAGACUCCGCGCAAAAGUGUGACAUCUCCUUCACCUAGCCCACGUGAUGGUUCACCAGUAAUUCAGGUUCCACGACAAUUUCCUCAAACACCCGCAGAUAAAUCCAAAGGUGAAAAAUUGAAAUAUUAUGAAGAUACCAAAGACGGUAUUAUUCACAUACCGUUGCGGACGCCACCUGAUGAAAAAGAUGCAAGUCGUAACCAAGUGGAGCAAUCUUCGUCGCGUGAUGUUCCACGCCCGUCUUCUGCACCGCAAGUGCGGAGCAUGCCGGAGAGACCUGCGUCUGUUAUAUCAGCGCCCAUAAUCAAACCAAUACAAAGAACAGUUUUGCCCGACGGAAGUAUUAUAAUUCCGCUGCAUUCACCAACAGAAAAAAAACCAGGUAGUCCGAUACUAAAAAGAAGUGAAUCUCCACCUGUAGCAACAACAGUUCACACGCAAGCUGUCAUCGAAAAACAAAGAACAGAGGAAUCGGUACCAUCUGACUUAGUCUCACCAGAGUUAUGUUCUCACCCUGCAAUGUCGCCGGUUGCUGAUGAAGCGGGCGCGGGCAUCAAGGCGGGUUGGAUCGACUUCGCGGAAGUGCCGGAGCGCCGGAAGCAGCCAAAGCGGAUCCAGACCCUGCCGGGUGCGCGUGACUCCGGCCCGCCGCCCACGUACGUGCCGCCCGAACGCUGCCAGUGCGAGUGCCACGCGGCGCCGCCCACCCCGCCCCGUCCCCAUGACACCGACACCGAAGACCAGCUACCGCUGCUGCAGCACGACACGCAGCAGAUGAUUGCCAGCACAUCAUCGUCUCUGGAAGGCGGAGAGGAACCGGGCAGGGUCCGGCUCGACGUGCACGUGGCGCCCUUCACCAGGGACCUCGACCUUCACCGCAUGGUCGACCUGGAGCAUCGCUGACCGCGCGGUAUGACAGCUCACAGCGUCGAGCCGCACGCGCCUUCUCUGCGUGUUUCGACUUUUACACGACAAAUUAUAAUAGGUAUCUCAUUUUACCCAUUUUGAGGUAUUAUCAGUUUUGUGAUGUAAAUUUACUCGUUUCAAAUUAUUGUUAGAUAUGAUAUAUUAUAUAUUUAUAGCGUUCUCCUGCUAUAGCUAUGUUUGACCUUGGCAUUUUUUAUCUAUAAUGUAAGGUUAGGUAGUUUAGACAGACAGUGCAUGCCAAUAACGAGUGCCAGGACGUACCGUGUGAGAGCCUGAUACCUACGCACUAAAGUGAGCCAGUUCACUAUAUUGUGACAUGUGUUACCCUUCAGACUAUAAAAAAGAGUUUAAUGUAAGUAGGUAAUUAAUCAUGUAAUAAUAAUUACACUGCGCCCGCGACUCUCCGUGUUUCAAAGCUCGACAUUUUAAAGCUCGUAUUAUUUCGAUUAGCUUUUAAAUUUGUGACCCAAAUGAAUGUAACGGCAAGCUUGUCACAAUACACCAGUAAAAACCGAAUUCAAAUCGGUUUAGCCGUUCUGAGAUGAGCGAGAUCAAAGAAAAAAAUUAUGAAGGGUGCAGGAGAAAUGUGAUUGAUGUAAUUCUUUUUAGUUAUUAGCAACAUCUGAAAGUCCAUUGAAACAAGUUUCUGUUUUCUUGAGAAUAUAAACACAAAAAGCUUUUCGCAAAAUAAUUUAAUGUUUAAAAUUGAAGUACAAACGUUUAAUAAUUUCUAAUAACGGCAACAUUUUAUGAAGGUCAGUCAAAAAAAGAUGAAGGUGACUAUGGUAGCUAUGAUGUUAUUUUUUGACUGUCACUGUCAGUGUCAAUCACAUGACACAUACUCAAAAAAAUGAUUUAUGAUUAUUUAGUUGCUUGGAUAUUGAUGAUGAUUAUUUAUGCAUAAUGUUUCAUGUUGAUUAAUGUUUUAAGUCAUCCAUUUUUGACUAACAUUCAUUGGUGUGCUUCUUAAAUUACAGGUCGUUUUUUAAAUUAAAAAAUGCGUAUAAGAAGUUAUUAAUGCUCUAAUAACUGAACUGUCUUUUAUUCCUACAUUCAUCAUUUAUUUAUAGAAUAUAUACAUACAUACAUAAUAAAAGUUAAAACUUAACAAAUUAUUAUAAACACAUGGUCGAAUUUGGUACGGCCGGACCAUCGGACUGUCCGGUAAUGAUUGACUAGUAGUUUUGGCAGUAAAACCGAAGGAAAAAACCGGCCAUAUAUUUAUUAGUACAAUUAUACAUACAUCCACAUACAACAACUCAUAGAUGAUCCUUCCAUGUUGAAAGGAUGAGGAUGAACCGUUCGAAUAAUGUAAAUAAGAUUGCGGUAUAAAGUUGAGGCGUGAACAAAAACAAAAACUCAGUAUUUCAGUUUUAAUCUUCCAAGCCAAACAGAGCCCUAUGAAAAUAAAUUUAUACACGGUUCGGAAGCUUUCAUUCUGUAUGUUAUUAAUUAUUCAUGUGAUAUAGGCAUAAAAGUUUAAAUUUAUUGUCUCAAUCAGUACGUGACAUUCUUCGUAUGUCUUCGAUCGGAUAUUGGCUGAAUCGAGGAACUAGGAAGCCGUACACACUAUUAAUGAAGUGGCAACAAAAAAAAAGGGUUCACAGCACACAACCGAUAAGAGAAAAACGGCGGAUGCCUAAAGACAAGUGUCAAUAAAUACUUAUAAACUUAGUUAUACUUAACAAGGUUGUGCAUAACUUCUCUCGGUUGUCUUGGGAAUAAACCACUUCAAAUCUCACAACCACGGACGAGUAAAAAAAUAAGGACUCCGUGCCACCUUACAUAACAAUGAGGCACCAAAACAAGCCGGUAAACAUGUAAAUACAUAGCCCCACGCAUCACUUACACUAAAACAAGCCAAUCGGAUCGCCAUUAUGAGAUUUGCCAUCGUCUGUAACAGAUCAGUUUGCGUCGCAAUCAAAUAUUUUAAAAAUGCCGUUGUGCAUUGUGCAAGCGUAAAAACAAAAAAUAUUUGUGGAUAUAUGAUUAUCUAAGGGACAAAAAAUUGUGUGACUGGUAUAUCCCGUGACCGCACACACACUAGCAUAAAAUUGCUUAACUUGCUUAUAUCACGGCGGAGUCCUUCUUUUAUUAAUAGUCCGUGAUCACAACCAGACACGGGUAGAGUGCGAGCGCUGCAGUGUUCAGUUUGCCAUAUUCUAGUCAUCUGUUGUGAACAAAAGCUCUUAAGGGAACAAAUGAGAUUUUAUUGAAUCUCUUCCUUUAGGUAGUUUUCCUUAAAGUUAUACCUAUAACAAGGCUGGCUAAACAUAAGACGAACGACUCGAAGAAAAGCUACACAACGAAAUAGUACCCACCUGUGUGUAGCGAGUGAAAUAAAAGGGAGAUAUACGUCGUUCUGAGUACAUACGUAGGUAUGUAAGUAAAAGCCUUACCUAUUGGUAUUUAUUAAUGUUUUAACUAAGUAUUUAUGAAAUUAGCAAUAAUAUUAUAAUGUAUAUACUCAAGCUAGUUGCAUUAUUUGUAUUGGUAGUUUUUGACAUUUGUGACACUAAUGACAAGGGCGAAGAUCACUGACGCGAGAUGAUCUUUGGCAACGCUUAGAUUCUAAGUGGGCCCUUAUUACAAUAGUUACUUUGUCACGCAACCAAAAGUAGUGUCCAGACGGCUGCGGCCGGAACGUCUCAACAGGGCGCUGGUGAUCUAGUGCGUGAAAACUGGAAAGACUAGUGACAGAACAGUCGAGAUCACAGGUGACGUGUGGAGCAGAAGACACCUCAUGGCCUACCAUCAACUUUUAAGUAGCGAUUCAAUUCAGAUACAGUUCAGUUUAGGUACCUAAAGUGAAUCGCUAAUAUUCGUACCAUGAAGUGCCUAUAAAUGAAUGGCGUUCCCUUAUGAAAUAAUGAACGAAAGAAAUUUGUCUGUGGUCCGCGGUGUGAGAAAGAGAUGACGCUGUAAAGCCGUUGCAUAGGUCUGUCUCUCUUACUCGAACUAUGUGCGUUGCGUUUCGAAACCUAAAAUGAUAUGAUUUUAGCGGAUUUUUUGCGUGAAAAUUACUACAAAUGCAUUUUAAAAUUGAAAGAAAAGAAAGAAAGAUAAAAAAGUAAGACUAUAGCGUCAAAUUAUAAACCAUUAAGCCCUUUUUUGUGCUCAUUAAAUAAUAGUUAUAUAUUGUCGUUCUUUGAAUAACAAAUUAAAGGUUUGAUUAGGUGUUUUCGUAAAACGAACCUGUUUAAAACGAGGUUAUGAACACACCUCCAUUCGUUUGAUUUGACAGGAGCACAGGGUAUAUUUUGUUUAAUUCGUUCUUGCGAACAGAAAUAGGCAGAGGCCUUACUGCCUUGUCUUUAAUAUUUUUAUUUUCGGUAUUUAUUUUCAGUAGUUUGUUUUACAAUAAAGUCUAAUAAAGUGUUCUCAUCACAACUUUCAUCAAUUAAAUUUUCCUUUUCUGUAUGUUUUCACUAUUUUUUAAAAGUUAUUAACAACAAGAUUCACUUUCCGCUAAGAAAGUUGUAACAUUUUUUGAAUCGCUCACUUAAGCUAUCUAAUUUAGGUUGAAAUAUUACCUCAUGGUACGAAUGAAUGAACGAACUAAAACAGUUUGCGAUUCAAUUUCCGACUUGAUUCGACGUCAACCUAAAUUGGAUCGCUCAAAUGACGUCGAGUAUGAAAUAGCAAAGCAGUUCAUUUUAGGUCGUCAAUUGAAUCGCAAUAAGAGUUCAUGGCCGCUAGGUGUACGAGACCCUUGGAAUGGAAUUAAUUAAUAUUUUCCAUAUUACUUAAGAUGUUUAUUGAUGUUAAUAUUUGAAGAGAUGAAUUUGAAUAUAAUUUUUGUUAUAGGUAGUUAUCAGACUAUUAUAAUUAAUACAUGUAUAGUUAUUGUUAUUUGCUCAGAUGUGAGAUGUCUCCAAUAUGUUUUAAAUAAUUGAUGCGUUUUAACAUGUUAAAUAUUUGUUGGAAAAAUACUAUUGUUUUGUAUAAUGAUUAAAUCAGAUGGCAACUUAAAACACAAUUAAAUUAUGUUGUAGCGAGGGUAGAAGAGGGUGCAGAGGGAAGAUUUCCAUCAUGUAGGUACGAUGAAGUGCGAACAAAUUAGCUAUCCGCACGCCAAACAAAGAUGGUAAAAUCUUCUUUUUGAGCAAAUGUAGUAGAUACUUUAAAAAUGCGAGUCAUUGAAACUGAACGUAUUCAAGUGGGCGUGAACCCGGAAUUGCGACCACCCUUUGGGUUCAAUAGAAAUGUUAAUUAUCAACACAUCUCUUUUGUUAAAAUUCUGUUCAAUUAGUCGCGCUUUAUUUCCCGCUUUGCUGUCAGUACGUGAACCAUAUCACGUAGGUAUCGCUGCAAAUGUAUGCAUGUUGAAUAGUGUUGAACAUUACUGCAUAGCAUACCACAAAUAACACUAUAAUAAGCUUUGACUGCUAUAUCUAUACAUUGUCACACUUACUCCAGUUUUUUUAAAUAUUCUUGGACAGUAGACAGCAAUGUAAAACAUUUGUUCAGUUGAGGUUACGUAAUAUGUUGAUUUUAGAACCUAAUUCGGACAGUAACAGUUGCCUCACGACUAUAGGGUAAAGUGGGCUUAUAUUGUCUUCACUUACUUGUCACACUUUUACCAUUUGCUUCCAGACUGCGAAUGAUUUGUCCUUAUGUGUAUAAAGCGUCAUUGUAUAAUAACUAUCAGUCGCCGGCUUUAUAGAAAUGUUGCCACUGUAGUGCCACAGUGUACCAAUUACUUAAAUGUUGUGACCUUUGGUGGCUAGCUCACUUUUUCAGAACCGAAAUUUAACAAGAAGCAUUUCACAUCAUGAUUAUUGGCCGACCACACAGCCAGUUGAUUGUCUGUAUAAACUAACUGUAACUGCGGGGAAUUGAAUGAAAUGCAGUAUUGUUCACCAAAAUGAUGUUUUAUAUUUAUAGGUAUUGUGGAUGAGUGCUCUGUUCACAAAGUCUGAAUAUAAACAAGGUUUUAAAUAAAUAUUUUGCUUUCCC